AUGGCGAUUUCUGGAUCGGGCUCAGGAGGGGUGAGGAGAAACGGGGCAACGGCACGGCCUGCCGGGACCUUUACGCUUGGACCGACGGGAGCACAGCAACAUUUAGGGAGCCUCAAUGGCUUGCUUACCUGUGGUGAGACCCAGACCCUCAUCCCUGAGGCCCUAGUCAGCUGGUACUUCUCGGGCUGGAGUGGUUGCACUUUUCCAUUUACCACCAAAAUUAGGCAUGUGAGUACCGACAGGAACUGGUACGUGGAUGAGCCUUCGUGCGGCAGUGAGGUCUGCGUGGUCAUGUACCACCAGCCAUCAGCCCCCGCCGGCAUCGGGGGCCCCUACAUGUUCCAGUGGAAUGACGACCGAUGCACCAUGAGGAACAAUUUCAUUUGCAAGUAUUCCGAUGAGAAGCCAACAGCUCCUUCUACGAGACCUGGAGGUGAAGGAACGGAGCCAGCGACACCCAUACUUCCAGAAGACACAGAGAAAGAAGAUGCCACGGAAACACUAAAAGAAAGCAAAGAAGCUGCCUUGAAUCUUGCCUACAUCCUCGUCCCCAGCAUCCCCCUUCUCCUCCUCCUUGUGGUCACCGCCGGUGUAUGUUGGGUUUGGAUCUGUAGAAGGAGGAGCCGGGAGCAGCCGGGCCCCAGCUCGAAGGCGCAGCAUCCCCGCUGGCCCGCCGCUCAGCCCGGGAACAGCCCGGACCUGGAGGUUUACAACGUCAUACGGAAGCAAAGCGAGGCGGACUUGGCCGACACGCGGCCAGACGCGAAGAACAUUUCAUUCCGAGUGCGAUCGGGAGAAGCCACUCCCGACGCCGUGUCUUGUGACUACGACAACAUGGCUGUGAACCCGUCCGAGAGCGGCUUCGUGACGCUGGUGAGCGUGGAGGGCGGCUUCGUGACCAACGACGUGUACGAGUUCUCCCCGGACCGAGCGGGGAGGAGCAAGGAGUCUGGCUGGGUGGAAAAUGAAAUCUACGGUUAUUAGGAUGCACGGACAGGAAUGAGGGAGACGAGAAAAGCAAAAUUCUCCUAUUUUCUAUAAGGAAAAUACUCAGAAGGCCCACGACAGCGCUCAGGUCAGGUCCUGGGGGUGAGCAUGAGACCCCGACAGCCCCUGCUGGAUCCCCAGUGUGGGCUGUACCCCUUAUCCCAGCCCCUCACCCGCUCCGACUGCUGAGAUAGCGCCUUGCCCAGGGUCUGGCACAUCGUAGAAAGUAAAAUAACUGCUCGUCGGAAGUGACUAUCAAGAGACAGUGCUUUCAUUGGCGGGGAAAAGGCUGCGGCUGUGGAGUUCGGGAAAUCAACCUCCAGCUUUGUUUUUCUUGCUCUGAACAGCAGUGCACAGAAUCACAAAGAGACAGAAAUGGCAGGAGCUUUUCAAAGCCCAUGUGUGCUAGCAUCACGCUGACCUGUGCAUCAGUGACUCUUAUAUCUGUUUUUUUUCCCCAAGGAAUCAAAUCAAAUAAAAAGCAGGAAACAGAAUGUUAGUCUGUGUCUGCAGACCUUCCUCUGCAUGUGGCCUCGAGGGACCUUUUUUCUUUCUCCUGACAACCAAACUUGGAAAGAUCUAAAAGCGAAGUUUGAAUCUUGGCUUCUGGGCUUAUGCGUGUUCCCAGCUCUGAUAUACACGUUGUUCUGUCUGCGUGUUUGUUUGUUUUAUUGCAGCAUCGACAUAAUAUUAGUAAUAAUACUAA